AUGAACGAGGUCGAACUCCCUUUGGCAGAGACCAAGCCCUGCGGGCUUAGGCCCCACAUCUGCUGCGCGCCCCCUCCCCGCGCCCCCACCUCUCUCGGUACUACCCCCCUCUUGGUCAGAGCUGAGCCCCGACGGCGGGGGCUGCAGCCGAGCCAGCCGGCGGACAGUGAGCCCUGCGCGGCAGAGCGGGGCCGAGACAUUCCCCGGGAGCCCACUGACCCGUGCCCGUCGGAGCCAGCCCCCGAAGGAGACUGGCUGAGCGCCGACGAGUCCUCUGGCUACGAGAGCGAGAGCGCGGGCGGGGAGCGGGCGGCGGCGGCGGGCGGGACCCGCGGGCGGCAGCGGCGGGCGAGGACCGCCUUCACCUCGGAGCAGAUCUGCCGGCUGGAGAAGACCUUCCAGCGUCAGAAGUACCUGGGGGCGUCGGAGAGGAGGAAGCUGGCGGCUGCCUUGCAGCUCUCGGAGAUCCAGAUCAAGACCUGGUUUCAGAACCGGAGGAUGAAACUGAAGAGGCAGAUCCAGGACCAUCAGCACGGCCUCGUGUCUCCUGCUCCCCUGUACAGCUAUCCCCCGGGGAGCCCACCAGCUCUGUUCCAGGACGGUUUCCACUACCCCUUUGCUCCUCAGCACCAGAGACUCCUGCCUUUUACCCCGGUGCCUGCUGUGCAGUUCAGCUUCUCAUUUCCCAGAUACGAUGCAUCGCAAAGCACCUACCGCUUUAUGGCAAAUGAGUUGCCGUACUACCAUCAACACUUUCUUCCUCAUCCUUCUUUCCAUCCGAUGAUUCAGAGCAAAAUGGACAAGCAAUGCCACCCUGUAUAUGCAUUACAGUGAAAACACAAGGGCAGGCAAGGGGAAAACUGUUGUAUGCUGUAAUGUAUUUUGUGCUCAGAAUAUCGUUUGAUUAGGAAGAGUAUGUGUUUAUUAUUUUAUGUUAAAUGUGAAAAUGAAUAAUUUUAUAUUUGUACUAAUUGAUAUUAAAAUUUAUUGGAUGUGGUGCCACUCGGUAAUUUUUGGUUUGAUAAGCUAUCAAUUUUUAAAUAUUGGUAGUCUGUUUUCAUUCAGAAGAGAGUAGACUGAAAGGAAGCUAUUGAAAGGGAACCGGAGGGAGAAAACCAGUGGCAGAAACUUGCUUUCUGCCAAAUUUCCCAUGAUGUAGGGCAAAGUCAUUAGGUAUAGUCUGAAAUGGGCACAUUAAGAAACUGGUUUUCAUUGCACAUUCCCAGUUUUCCACAUACAUAAAAAUAA